AUGGUCAUGAUCCUGUCGGAACUUAGUGUUCAAGGCUCUGCUCUCCCCGACGAGAUGAUUGGCCAUUACGAUGGUACAAGUUUGGACUAUUCUUCAAGUUCACAAAUUGUUUUGUUUAAAGAUUUGAAUGAUCGGUGUUACAAUCAAUUUGUUAAGAAUAUUAUUUUCAACAAGACCAUCAUUGAGUUCGAUGAAGCCUAUGAUAUGUUAGGUUGCUCAACCACAUCCUAUUUUAGAGAGAAUUGUUUCUCAAUGAUGGAAUCCCAAUUUAGAAAAAGUACAUUCAAAGAAUGUUCUUACGUGCAACAAUGUCUACUUUUUGGAAUGAAUGUGGAAUUGGUAUUUAACUUGACAUCUCCAAGAUGUUUAAGAGAGCCUAGACCUCUUAAAUAUAGUAAUAAGCUGGAAUCUCUUUCGAGAUUGUGUUCUCAGACAGUGAUUGAAGCCGCUAUUGGACGUCAAGCUCUCUUCUAUACCUUCUCAAAGCUCAACAAAACAGUCAACACUCUCGAAAAGGAUGCCAUCAAGACUUUUCUAAAAGGAAAAAUCUCUGAGGCAUGCAAGAACGACACACGGGUUGCAUAUGAAGUGGCCAAUGAAAUGGCAACCUCAAUACCAAAAGAUAUGGAAGCGUUACUUUCGAUGAUGGAGAUCAAAUUGGUGACACACAAUGAUAAUGAAGAACCAAAUAUUGUUAUGCUGUGUAUUUCGUUUACAAUUCUGUGUGGAAUUGCUCUUGUUUUGUACUUGAUGAUAGAUCAUUGGCGUGCCGUGUCACAACAAAGCAAAACUCAGCGAGAGCAAUUAGAGAUUGUGAACAAGGUUCUAGAGGAACACAUGAGUUGUUUCAGGGCGAUAAACAAAUAUUCUAAGGAUCAAGAAGCUCAAAUCGCCAAAAUUGAAAACUACUUACAAGAAACAUCAAAUGAGAGAAAUUUAUUGAAGGAAUCGUUUAUUUUGCAAGAAAAGAGGCUCAAAGAACUUCACGCAGUUGUUAAUAACUCUGUUGAGGAGGCCAAUAGUCUUUCCUCAAAGUAUGAGAAGGUGUUGGCAACUCUUCGCAAUGUGGGAGAUGUGUUGAAGCCAUAUGAGAAUGACACACAGAACGAAACGAUUGAAGAAACUAUAAAACAGCUAGUGCAAAGAACAAUAGAAUUAGAGAAUAGCACCAAUGUUCUAAAGGAAAAGUAUCUAAAAGAAAAGACAGUGCUAAAAGAGGAAAAUAGGAAAUUAUCAUGGGAAAAUGCCAACAAGCAACAAAAAAUUGACGAUUUACAAUCUCUUGUCAACAGAUUGAGAGAGAACCUUGAGCAAGAAAAGUCCACUUCACAACAACUUGAAGCGUCGUUAGUAAGCCAGACUGCCGAAACAAUUAGAUUGAAUGAUGCUUUGAAUAGUGCAGAGGAUAGAAUCAACGAGCUAUCAUGUAAAUGUAAAGAAUUUCAAAUGGAUUUGGAAGUGAGCAACAAAGCCUUAGAGAAAAUUGACUCAAUGUUGUCGACAAAGAUCUCUGGGGGAAUGAAGAGCAAACCUCACGGAUCUGAAUGGUCAAGCACAACGAAUCUUCCAACCUCUAAGAAAUCUUUGCAUUUAGAACAGUUGCAAUGGACAGUUGAUAGACUAAAGUUGGCAGACCAAGAAACUUGUACUAAUAAUGAGAAUACCAACCAUAAUCAGAUUCCUGAAGAGGUGUGUGAAAUGGACAGAUCACAACAAGUUAUUCAGUUGAAAAAAGAUUUAAGUUUAUUUAAGAAAGAUAUUGAAAUCUAUACAACAUUUGUCCAAAGUAUUGAAGAUUUACUCGGUUAUGAGGACUGUAAAGGUAUCUCUGACAAAUGUGAGAAACUACUAGCCAAGCUUCAUCAGAAAAUAUCUUUAAUGCAAUCACAACAAUACUUGUUGGAGGAAAAAGAUCAAAUAAUUGUUGAACAACAAAAAGAGAUGGAGAAUUAUCGAAAUGAAUCGAGAACAAUUGGCAGCCUUAACACACAAACCACAGAGCAGAAUGAGCACAGAUUGAUGAACCUUGAAGACGAGCUACACAAUAUUUCGACCGAAAACAUGAAGAUACUCAAAAACAACAAGGAAUUGGAAGACAUGAAAACCAAGCUUGAAGCCGAAGUGGAACAGCUUAAAAAAGAGCUAAACCGUGUGAUACCGAUGCAAGAACAACACUCUAGCUUCAUCAAGGUCUUGGAGGACAAACUUGAAGCAUCAAUUAACGAGAAAGACAAACUACAACAAUCUGUGGAUCUUUAUGAACAACAGCUUGAGGAACUUAAAAACAAAAAUGAGAAGUUGCUGAAUGAUCUCAAUUCUCAUGAAAUGUACAUUUUGGCGUUGGAAAAAGAUGCAAAGAUGGACACAAAAGACUAUAAGAUUAUGAAAGAGCAAUUUUUUACUAUGCAACAUACCAAUGAGUUGCUAAAGAAAGAUAUUUAUUUAACUAAUCAGCAAUAUUUGAAAAUUGUGAGCCAUCACGAAUCAGAUCUCAUUGAAAAGGACAGAGAAGUUGAAGAAGCAAAAUUACGGAUCUCAAUAUUGGAACAUCGUGUGAAAAGUUUAGAAAAGAGAUGUAUCGAAAAUCAAAUUGAUAUUACCUCAUUGAGCGCUGAAAAGUGUCAUUUGCAAGCUGAAAAAACCGCACUCAUUGAAGAAAAUAAGCUUCACAAACUAGCAAGAAAAUUGAGUUUUGAAUAG